AUGCUCCCGUGGCUCGUCGUCCCGCUCAUCGUCAUCUGGGCCGCCACCCAGCUGCUCCUCCCGGCCGCCUACCGCUUCGAGGUCACCUCCCCGCGCCUCGCCUGCGUCUCCGUCCUCCUUCUCACCCUCUUCUGGUACGAGAUCCUCCUCCCGCGCCUCUCCCUCUGGCGCGCCCGCCGCUCCGCGCGCCUCCGCGAGGAGCGCCGCGCCCACGCCCUCGAGCUCCACAAGCUCCGCAAGACCGCAACCCGGCGCUGCCGCAACUGCAGCAACCCGUACAAGGACCAGAACCCCGGCGGCGGUAAGUUCAUGUGCUCUUACUGCGGCCAUGUCUCUAAGCGCCCUGUGCUCGACCUCAAUUCAGCCGGGAAGGCCCCCACCGGAUGGCCUUGUGCUCAGGAUUGUGGAUAUUGGCUGGACCUGCGCUGCUCCUCCAGCAAUAACAGCUCCUUCUUGGGGUUCUCGUGGCGCUUGCUUUCGUCCUUUUGCUCGACAGCAAUGAGGUGGUUAUUGAGGAAUAUAUUCAGAUUUACAUCCUCAGGGGAUGGUGAGGGCUUGAGCAUAGAUUGUAAAAGGUUGGCAAAGAGAGGAGAGAAUGGAGGAAAAGCCGAGGAGAGCAGGACCGAGAAGGCGAGAAGGAAGGCGGAAGAGAAGAGACUGGCAAGGCUGGAGAGGGAAAUGCUGGAGGAGGAGGAAAGGAAGCAGCGAGAGGAGAUGGCUAAGCUAGUAGAGGAACGCAGGAAGCUGAGGGAUGAAAAAGCAGAGGCUGAGGAGCGGUCAAAAAGCGCUACCCCUGUUGGGGAGAAGGAUGCUAGGAAGGAGGCAGAGAAGCGGCGUCAGGAGAGGAAGAAGAAAGAGGACAAGGGGUCAAGCAAGAGCAAUUCAGAUUGUGAGGACAUUGAUAGAAGAUUGGGCCGAGACGGCGAUAGGAAGCGAGACUUUGACAGAAAGAGUGACUUGGACAGGCGUGAGGGUUACAAGCCUCAUUACAUUGAUUCUAACAAUCACAGUAAUAGAACAGGGGAGAGCAGAUCGAAAUACUUUGGCCGUAUGACAGGUGGUUUCUUAUCUUCUUCAAGAGGGUUUGGUGGUGGUUCCUUCUUUGGCAGAAGUGCUCAGGCCCCUGCCCCUCAAGCUAGCAAGCUUAGUAGACCUGUAGUUCCUGCAACUGACCAGGGUAAUGCAAUCAAAAGAGAUGUCCAGCAUGCAGCCACACAAGCUACAGGCAAAUCUGCUACAGCUAGAGAAACUAGAAAUGCAUGGACUAAUUUUAAUCGACCUGUUAGUCCAAAUGUGCAGCCACACCCUACUGGCCUUAAAAAGUCAUGGCAUCAGCUGUUUAGUCGUUCAGCAUCAGUGUCCCCUUGUCCUGAUGUUACAACUUCAGCUCAUGAUAUGAUUCGGAAGCCAGAACCAAAUGGAGCUCAAGUAAACAAUGCUCAUACAUUUCUCUCUCAGUAUCCUCCUCUGGACUACAAGCCAAGUUCAAGCCAGUCCAUGCAAUUUCCAGGUUUUCCACCACUUAAUGGAGCACCUCCCAGUAACCCACUACCUCAUUUUCCUGCUGGACAUAUGCCCUUCUAUGAUGAUGCGGAAUCAACACUGCUUGAAGAACCAGAGCAAUUUGAGGACCCAUGCUAUGAUCCAGAUGCAAUUGCAUUACUUGGGCCAGUUUCAGAAUCUCUAGAUAACUUCCCUCCAGACUUAGGUUGUGGAUUCCUCUCAAGUGAUGUUAUGAAAGAAUCACAUGGGAGGCCUUCACCAAUUGAGUCUCCUCUCUCAAGAUCUCGUAUGGCUGAAGAAAAGCCUAUCAAGCCCCCGCACUCAUCAGUUGCAAGAGGUCCUGGUGGUUCCAUUCUGCCUGAGACUAGCAGUGAACAAGGCACAUGGCAAAUGUGGAGCACACCAUUGGUUCAGGAAAGUUUAGGUCUGCAAGGUCCUCAGAGUCAGUGGCUUCGGCAAAACACAAAUCAAUUCAACCAUAGUGCCAACCUUUUCAGCAGCGGAGGUGGAGCAAUAAGUUCCCUGGGUACUGGUUUGAAUGACAGUGAUCCAUGGCUGCAGAAAGCACCUUUCCAGCAAUUGCCACCUGAUACACCAAGCCUGUUCCUUUCACAUGAAAUGCCUGGAAAAUUACACAACGACUUGGUUUUUGGGUCUCCAAACAAAUCAGCCCGCGAACACCCCUUUGGGCCGCCUGGUUCUUUGUGGCCCAAGGAGGAACUGGCGCUGAAUGGAGCUCAGGAAGGUGGUGGCGGGCAUAUCCUGUCGCCGUCCGGUGCACAUGUUGGCGGUGGUGUUGGCUUGUUUUCUUCAGCAAGUCCUGAUGUACAGUCACUGUGGUCAUUCAAUGAAACAUUCAAUGAAAAAGAGAGCAUAGAAUAA